AUGACACUGCAGGUUGGCUUAAAGCUACAGAAUAUUGACCAGCUCGAGGCCAAGCUGAAAGCAGUAUCUGACCCCACAAGUCCAGAUUAUGGGAGAUAUCUAGAUGCUGCUGAGGUCAACGCUAUCUUCAGUCCGGCUAAUGACUCUCGAGUUGCUGUGCACAACUGGCUGAGGAAAGCUGGUGUGUCUGAGAUUGCUGAUUUUGGCUCCUACAUCAACUUCGCUGCAAGUAUCGGCACAGCAAACAGAUUACUUGGCUCCUCGUUUCACUACUUCAUGGUGGAGGGCGUGCAAAAAUUGCGCACUCUAGAAUACUCAAUUCCGAUUGAACUGGAUAAGCAUGUUGAACUUGUCUCUCCAACUACCUUUUUUGGCAAGACAAAGACUCAUGCAGUCUUUCCCCCUCGAGAGAUGGUAGACGGCAUAACGAGUCGCCAAACUGCAAACAAGACCCUGAACUGUCUCAGGCUGAUCGAGCCUGGCUGCUUGGAGGAGAUGUACAACUAUGGCAACUACAAGCCUAGUUCGCCUUCUAAAAGCCGCGUUGGGUUUGGAAGCUUCUUGAACCAGUCCGCCCGUCAGGAAGAUUUGUCAAAGUACCAGCGUGACUAUGAGCUACCACUGACGAACUUUAGUGUGACUCUCAUCAACGGGGGCGAGGACCACCAAGAUCCUCGUGGAGAUAUUGGGGAGGCUAACCUAGAUUCUCAAUUCAUGUCAGCGGUAACAAAAUCAUUACCAUUGACACAGUUCAUCACUGGCGGCUCGCCGUAA